AUUAUUUCUAUCUAACAUGCAUCAAAGCCAUUGACGAAUGUUAUUCUGGUGAACCAACUACAUUCUCUACUUGACACCUUUCCGAUUGCAAUCACAAGUCAAAUUUGAUGGGGAAAAAUGACUUCUUGACCCCGAAAGCCAUCGCGAACAGAAUUAAAGCAAAAGGUCUGCAGAAGCUCCGAUGGUAUUGCCAGAUGUGCGAGAAACAAUGCCGGGAUGAGAACGGAUUUAAAUGCCACUGUAUGAGCGAGUCCCACCAGCGCCAGAUGGAGGUGUUUGGGCAGAACCCUAACCGGAUCGUCAGUGGCUACUCAGAGGAGUUUGAGAGUGCGUUCCUUGAACACAUGAAGAGAAGCCACCGGUUUAGCCGUGUGGCUGCCACGGUUGUGUACAAUGAGUAUAUAGCUGAUCGCCAACACAUUCAUAUGAAUUCUACGGAGUGGGCAACUUUGACCGAGUUUGUCAAGUACUUAGGCAGGACUGGGAAGUGUAAAGUUGAGGAGACUCCAAAGGGGUGGUUUAUAACUUAUAUAGAUAGGGACUCCGAGACCCUUUUCAAGGAGAAGAUGAAAAGCAAACGAGUGAAGGCUGACAUAGCAGAGGAAGAGAAGCAAGAGAGAGCGAUUAAAAGACAGAGAGAGAGGGCAGAAGAGUUGAUGGGGGGUGG